UAAAGAAAAUAGAGAAGAUCCGUGGCGCACAGUGAAAACAGUUUUGGAAUUGACAGUUUCUGAACAUCUAUUUUAUUUUAUUUUAUUUUUUUUUCGUUUUUAGUUUUAAUUAACAAACGUAUUACUUAAUAAUGAUAUCAAUUUAAAGAAAGUAUACAUUUUCCCUAAUCGUACGUAUAAGAAAGAAACGCAUCCUUCAAAUGGAGCGUGUUUUGAAAGCAGUACCAGCAGAUUUAAGAGUAAAAAUGGAGGCACUUGUGCAUGAUUUAACUUUGGCAUUGGAAGAAAGUAAUAAUAGCGCAAAUGUUAGGCGUAGAUGGGGUAUCAGGAGAAGAGCCCGGUCCACGGGCAACAUCCUUCCAGUCUACUUCUGUAAGGCAGGCAGACGGUUGUUAUCAAGAUUGUUUUUGUAGACAGCAUAUUUGGUUACUCAAAGAUGUGAAAUUUUAUAACUCCUUGAAAACAUCAUUACGUAUGAACAAACAAUCAGAUGAUAGUUCAUCUUCCAUUUGUGACAUCCAUGUUCCAAAAACAACAGCUGCCUCCAAAUAUCAAUCUGACAGCGAUGAUACAAAUCAAACAAAAAGAUUUGCACUUUUUUCUAAUUCAAACAAUGCUAGUAAUAUCGAAAGCGAUUCGGUUAAUGAAAAUUUUGUACCUAGACUAAAUCCAAAGCGUAAAAGAAAAUUUAAAAAAAUGGCUAUUGAUACCGAUUCUAAUCCCUCUACUUCCCAAACGAUUGCAAUGUCAACAGCGCUUGCAAAUAAGAAGAGAGUUCUCAGAAGCGAUUGUAAAAAUAGAUACGAAACAAUAUGGUGUGGAAAACGUAAAAGGUCUUACAGGGAGCGUUCCACGGAUUGCGGGAUGAGAUCAUUCAAACCAAACAGAGAUGCAAAAUCGAAAAACCGCAUCAAAAUGCAGACCGAUGAUCCUAUUGAUUGUUCAAGAAUAUCCAGUUCAAGUAUUUCAUCCAGCGAUUCAGAAACUGGACUUAUCACAAAUGACGAAGACAGAGAAGGAGAUGACGAACAAUCAGAUUGGAUCGGAGAACCAAGUUGGUGGGAUGACAAUGAGAGUACUAACGAAGAUAAAGUGAAUACAGAUUCACCGUUCCAAAUGAUGUUGCAUGGAAAUUUUGAGCAUGCAAUCGAAUCAAGAAAAAAUUACAGAAAGAGAAUUCAAAGAAUUCGAGAUUGGAGCGGAAGAGAAAUUCGCGCUGGCCGUCGUCGCGUUGAUAAUAAACCUGGAUAUUCGAUUAUUACAUCGGCUAAUGAAAAAGUAUCCAGAUUUUUACAAGAUCCAACUCAAAGCGAGCUUAGAUUACAUCCUAUGCGACAGCAUGAAAGAGAAAAACUUCGCCGGCUUGCUAAUUUAUACAGUUUAAGUUUAAAGGGGGACCUAGGCUGUCCAAUUUUAUAUAAAACUCGACAUACUACACAAGCCAUCUGUGUGGAUCAAGUAUCAUUCAACAGAUUUUCGGGUUAUAAAAGAUUAAGGAGAACCCCUCCGAAUUCCCCGAAUUCUGAAUUAACAAUACAUAAUCAAGAACAUCAAAUUUCUAGCGUAAACUAUAGCUCGCAAAUAAUUAGUUCAACAUCAAAAUUGGAUACGAUACCAGUUCUACCACAGUUCUCUCAUUUUAAAUGGGAUUCGAAUAGCAUGGAUAUUGAAAUUCAUGGAAAACCAAAAUUACAUGAUUUUGAUCACUCGAAAUCAAGUUAAACCAAACAUACCCCUUUUGUUACUUUCUUUUUUUUUUUAAAUAAGAAAAAUAAAUUAUUUAUGUCUAUAUCGAGGUGGUGCUUCGCAUACAACACUUUUAAUGUAAACAAUGUAUAACUGAAAUUCGAUGACUACAUUAUAUAGGAGAUUAUAAACCUUUA